CAAUGUUUGUCCAAGAGCUUGGUGGUGGGUAAUGGUUGAAUUGUAAUUGUGUUCUAUCACCUCUUAUCUAUGCUUGUAAUUUAUGAGUCUGUUCCAUUGUUUCCUAUCAACUAUAAUAUAAUGUUAUAUUUUAUAUGGUUGUGUUUUCUUGCUUGCUUGCUUAAGCAUUUCAUGAUAACAAUUUGUUGAGGUUUUGACUUUUUGGUGUUAAACAAGUUACAAGACAGAGGUUUUUCAGGAGGAAUGCAUUGAUUCUUGUAUUCAAUGUGUGUGUGUGUGAGAGAGAGAGAGAGAGAGAGAGAGAGAGAGAGAAGGAAGGAAGGAAGGAAGGAAGGAAGGAAGGAAAAAGUAGAAAAAUAGAUUUAUUUUAUUAGUAGGUAAUGGUGCAAUCAAUAAUCACCACCCAGCAUCAUAAAGUGGCUCAUUUACCACACAUCACCACAAAUAUGAUAGAUAUGUGAACCAGUCUAAAAUGAUGUCGGCAUAUAAGUGGAUUAUACAUUACUUGCAAAAGUUAAAUUCUUGCAGCUGUGGUAGGAAAGCACUUGGAUGAGUCGGCUGAAAGAGACAGCCAUGUUGCGUUAGAAAUGUAAAUAGUGUUGUUGUGUAGGAAGUUAUCACUUUUUCUUUUCUAAAACCUACUGUAGUAGGUACAAUUCAAUAAUCUGAGUAGGAAAUGGGGCAAAGUGACAUCAAAGAAAAUCAAACUUUUUAUAUGCUUUUAUUUACGGUACUAAUUUGUAAUGUACAUGUAAUUAUUGGCAGUAACAAACAUGUUUAUACAAUUAGUACUGUUUAUAUGAAAAGUCGUGUAUCAUUAAAGGUCAUAAUCAAUAGUUAAUAUAGCUUGAAAAGAUAAACAACAUUAUCUUGCUAUAUAUUAUGUCCUCCUACAACACCAUUCACUCCUUUUAAGGAAAGAAAUCCUGAAACCUCUUUUUGAAUUUUCUACCUGCCAACACAACACUAUCUCUAAUUCUUUGACUUACUAUAUAUCAGUGGUUCCUUAAAGAAAACCAUAAAACUCAAUGGCCUAUGAAGGGAACAGAGGUUCUUCUGUUUUGGAUGGAUUCACUCUGAGUCCUCUACCAUAUCCUGUUCUGUUAAUCUUAGCAGUGAUCUUCAUCUUCCUUGGUAGUUCAUGGUACUUUUCUUAUGAAGAAGCUGUUGAAAAUGCUCAAGAACAAUUGGGUUGGGUUCUAUUUGCCUUGCCAGUGGUUCUUAUACUUAUAGUUUGGUUGUUAUCAUCAAUGGAUGAUUCAGAAUGGUUUUCUGUAUGGGGCAGGCGCAGGACAACCUACCAAACUCCCUCAGAAGGGAGCUCUCCAUGGGGUGUGGCUGCCUUGAUUGUUGUUUUGUUGCUAUUGGUGCACUUUCAAUCUUCUUUUCUUGAUGGUUGGUUUUAUUGAUUUGUAAUCUUUGUUUUACUUGAUUUAGGUUGGUUUGGUUUUAUCUGUUCUGUUUUUGGUUUCUAUUGACUAUUAUUAACUAUGAACUAUGAAUAUGUGAUACAUAUCCUAUAGUCUUGUUUGUAACUAUUUAGAUGAAGAAAGGAAGGUGGUGUCAUGAAUAUGCUUGUCCCUUUGUUAUGAAAUCAUGGAGUUUCUAUUACAA